AAAAUAUUAAUCGUUCAGUAGUUAGUAUCACAGUAGCAUGCUUGGCAAGAACAUAUGCAAGAUUAAUCUAAAGCCGUACUUUAUAUAACGCGCUUUUAUAGAACAAUUUUUCGAUGAUUGUGACUUUUAAUAUAAACAUACGAGUGAAAUGAAGAAGAAACAUAUCGACGAUGUUCAAACACAGACGGUGGAUGAACAUUAUAAAUUACUUCUAGAAGAUGAUAGUGUGAUUGACCCGAAUGCAACUGACGUAACAUCUGAUGAUCUUCCAGAUUGGUAUAAUGAAAAAUUGUACAAAAAAACUCAAAACUAUUAUAAACAAAACAUAUCAUCAAUUUUAGUGGCAAACACAAUAGGACUUAUUUUAACAUUUUCAGUGGUGACAAUACUAAAGGUGCUUUUGUAUACAAAACGAAGUAAUUCCAUUUGUUUAGCUUACAACAGAUAUCUCGAAACUGUAUUACACAUACACAACUUGUAUACGUAUGAUCCAAACAAUACAAAUUCCAAAUGGUACAAAACAAUGAAUGCAAUCCGUUGGCAUCACAAAGUAGUCACAAAAAAAUUAAAAAGUGCUGGUAUGGAAGAAAUUUUACAAAGAGAUAUGGUACUUACACAAUAUAGUUUUACGGGAUUAGUCUUAAUUGCGCCUAAGUCUUUUGGACUGUGCAAUACACCAGAAGAAAAUGAGGCAUUUAAUCAUUUCUGGCGUGUAAAUGGCUACAUGUUAGGAAUCCCUGACAGAUUCAAUUUGUGCCGCAAAAACGCAAAAGAAACCAUUGAAUUAUGUGAGAAGAUCAAAGAUUUAUAUGCAACUUACUUGAGUAAACCUCCACUUAAGUUUGAUCAUAUAAUAUCAAAUACGAUAGAUGCAUUAUGGUACUUUGAUAUCUUGAUUAAUAAAGAUGUUGCCAUGUCAGUCACAUAUGAAGUAUGUGGUCUCCCAUGUAGACAAAAAACUUGGAUGGUAUAGUUGGCUAAAUAAGAAAUUUUGUAAAUCAAUAAGCUAUCUGUAUCUCGUUCCUUAUGUCGGAGCAAUAUUAAAAGCGUUUAUUUACUGCAUCAUUAUAUUCGUAUUUUGGAAUGUGCAAACCUUUCCUGUACUUGCGUAUUUGAAAUUUGGAAAGAAUAAUGUUCGUAUCAAUCUAUAUCCCAAACAUUAAACUUUAACAUAUUUAAAUUAAGAAAAAUGGCUAGUCGGUCAAAAGUGAAUCUUAGUGUUCAAUAAUAAUUUUCAAGAAUAAAGGGCUCUGUAAAAAUACUUGUAGACAUCAAAAUUAUUAAAUUAACCAGCCAUUUAAUUUGUAAUAUUACAUUUCUCGUUCUACUUAACAGCUGUGUUUUAAAGUCCGGCAAACCUACGGCGCGCAGUUUGAAUAAAUAAAUAAAAUUGUAAAAAUAAAAAUUAUUCAGCACUAAGAACGGUUAUGAUAUAAGCCUGUUAACUUUAAUUUCGUCAGUGAUUUCGAUGUAAUUUAUUAUUAAUUAAAUUGAUUCAGUAACUGCAA